AUGUCCAGCAGUCGGUUAUUGGACCUUUUCAAGAUUCUAUCUGCGACUUAUCUUCCCCCACGCCUCCAGAAGCGCAACUGGGGAACCAACUGCUGCCUGUUGUCCAUGCCCAUCCUCAUGUGCGUGCUGCUCAAGGUCCUCGAAAUCGCCAUCAACGCAAUCCUCAGCGGCCCGGACUACCGCUGCGGUUGCAUCUGCACGGCCACGGGGCAGAACAACACGGACUCGUGCUCCGAUCCUAGUCAGCAGACGAAACGCAACUGGGGAACCAACUGCUGCCUGGUGUCCAUGCCCAUCCUCAUGUGCGUGCUGCUCAAGGUCCUCGAGAUUGCCAUCAACGCCAUCCUCAGCGGCCCGGACUACCGCUGCGGCUGCAUCUGCACGGCCACGGGGCAGAACAACACGGACUCGUGCCCCGAUCCUAGUCAGCAGACGUGCGGCCCGCAGUAUUCCAACAACAAGCAGACCGCCUUCUGCGCCGUGCCGAACCCGUACAUGUACCCCGCCAUGGUCCAGGUGCCCACCCAGUACUUUCGGGCAGUCCUAACGCAGCAGAAUAAUUAUCCGGGCCUGCCAGACGCCUCCUGCCGCUCAGCAUCAAACCUCAACCAAUCAUGCCCGGCCAUUUUCCUCUACACGGGCCAGAACCAGACGCUUGCCAACGCCAUGGGCGCGUAUCUAACAAGCCCCUUCGACCUCAAGGCAUGGCAGACCAUGCCAGGUGUCAACAUCUCCACGGGUAGCUCCAGCUCCGCGCCGCCCACUCCGCCGCCCGCGGCGCCUGCUGCGCCCGCAGCUCCUCCCCCCCCUCUUCCCGGCAGCACGAUCAAGUACAAUGGAACUGCGUCUCUCGCUCCUUACCUCUACAAUUUCGCUACGCUCGAGCUGGGCACGAACGCGUCUCUGACGCUGACGCUGAUCAUAGAGCCGGCGUUGACGCCCAUCACAGACGACCCCAGCAAGCUCUACCUGCUGCAGCCCAACUGCUCUUCUCCAACCGUGCUGCAGACGCCCCUCAACUUCUCCUUCGGCGGCUUCACUAAAGAACCCCUGCAGCUGUCCUGUGUGCCCACGUCACCGCUGUGGCGAGCAAGCUCGGCAGCGAUCGACAACGAGUUGUACAACGGGUUUUACCAGGCACAGACGGCACUCUAUGGCGGAGAUGCCACCAGCAACGAGUACGCCGGAGCGUUUGACUUCAACACCACGUCAGCCAAGCAGUUCAACACCACGGUCUAUUUCAACUCCACCUAUGCGGGAGCCGGCCAGGGGCCCAGGUCUGCCGUGCGCUUCCCCAAGGUCAUGAACAUGGCCACCAACGCGUACCUCCAGGCGGUGUUCAGCGCAGCAGCGGAGCUCCCGCUGCUAUUCGUGAAGGACUUCCCCAAGGGCUCCACGCGCCUCACCCUCGACUUUGCCUCCAUCAUCGGCCCGCUCUUCUUCAUGUGGAUCCUGCUCCUGCUCUUCCCGGUGUGUGUGGGGUACCUGGUGUACGAGAAGGAGAAGAACCUACGCAUGAUGAUGAAGAUGCAUGGGCUGGGAGACAGCGCCUACUGGCUCAUCUCCUAUGCCUACUUCUUCCUCCUCUCCUUCAUCUACAUCCUCUUCUUCGUCCUCUUCGGCUCCCUCAUCGGGCUUAAGUUCUUCCGGAUCAACAACUACGGCUUGCAGUUCAUCUUCUAUUUCGUCUUUGGCAACUGGCAGAUCGGCUUUGCCAUUCUCGUCGCCACCUUCUUCAAAUUCACCAAGACCGCCUCGGUGGUUGCGUACCUCUAUGUGUUUGGGGGCGGCCUCUUGAGUCAGUUUCUCGUUGGGUAUUUCCUCGAAGUCCCCGACUUUCCAGCCGGAGCGCUGUUUGCCAUACAGCUCAUCCCACCGUUCGCGUGCUACCGCGGGCUGUACGAGUUCGCCCAGUCCGCCUUUAUCGGCGCCUACCAGGCCACUUCCGGCACGCUCACCUUCAGCAACGCGGGCGAGUAUGGCUUCUGGGGCGCCGUGGGCAUCAUGGCUGUUGAGUGGGUCAUCUUCCUGCUGCUCGGACUCUACCUGGAUCAGGUGGUGCCAACUGGCGGCGGGUCGGGGAAGCAUCCGCUCUUCUUCCUGGACGGCAUCAGGGGGCGCCACAAGCACGGCAACACGCUCUCCAGGGCCUCCCGCUCCCACCGCGCCUCCGCCAAAGGCGCAGUCGAGGCGGAGAAGGAGCGAGAGGAUGUCAUGGCAGAGCGAGAGUUGGUGCAGCAGCUGCUCCAGAGGGACCAGCUAGACCACGGCUAUUCGAUCGUCUGUGACAACAUGAAGAAAGUCUACCCCGGGAGGGACGGCAACCCGCCGAAGCUGGCGGUUCGGGCCAUGUCGCUGGCGCUGGCUCGGGGCGAGUGCUUCGGCAUGCUGGGGCCGAACGGGGCGGGCAAGACGACGUGCAUCCACAUGAUGAUUGGACUCGUGAAGCCGAGCUCAGGGACAGCGUUCAUAGAGGGGAAGGACAUUCUGGAGGAGAUGGACGAUGUUUACACCAUCAUGGGCGUGUGCCCGCAGCACGAUCUGCUAUGGGAGCAGCUGACCGGCAGGGAGCACCUCUACUUCUACGGGCGCCUCAAGAACCUGCACGGGCAGGCACUGCAGCAAGCGGUUCUGGAGUCUCUCAAAAGCGUCAACCUGCUGGCGGGGGGUGCUGCGGACAAGAAGGCCGGCAAAUACAGCGGAGGCAUGAAGAGGCGGCUGUCGGUCGCCAUCUCCCUCAUCGGCAAGCCCCCUGUGGUCUACAUGGACGAGCCCAGCACGGGCCUGGACCCGGCAUCGCGCUACAACCUGUGGGCCGUGGUCAAGGAGGCCAAGAAGGACUCGGCUAUCGUGCUCACCACCCACUCCAUGGAGGAAGCAGAGGCUCUGUGUGACCGUCUGGGCAUAUUCGUGGACGGCCAGUUUGAGUGCAUCGGGAACCCGAGGCAGCUGACGUCGCGGUACGGCGGGUCGUUUGUCUUUACUGUCACCACGCCGGCCGAAGAGGAGGAGGCGGCUGCUGAGCUGGCGAAGUCGCUCUCGCCCAAUGCCAAGAAGGUCUACAGCCUCGCGGGCACGCAAAAGUUUGAGCUGCCCACUGCAGAUGUGAACAUGGCAGACGUGUUUGCAACAGUAGCCGAGGCCAAGGCACGGAUAUCGAUACGCGCGUGGGGCAUUGCCAACACAACCCUGGAAGACGUGUUCAUCAGCAUCGCCAAGGAGGCUCAGGGCGCUCAUGCUGCUCUGUCUUAG